GCAUGUAUUAAAGUCGUUCUUGUGAUGGGGGUCGGAUAUGUGAUGUGUUGUUAAGUUGUUGGAGAUGGCACAAGUCACCUCUGAGGAGGCAGACACCGCUGCAGGGUGAAGAAGAGCAGCCGCUGUGGCCACAUUAAAAACUGCAUCGCCUUCUUGUGACAACUGUAGAUCAGCGAGCCAUCAGCUCCCCCCCGCUCCCGUUUCAGGGAUUUGUAGUCUUUUGUGGCAGGGGACGCCGCCGCGCGGUGGAGGCCUUCGAGGGGAGUAAAACUACAGUUCCCUCGGAGCUGCUCGGAGGUGUUAGUUGUCAAUAUGGCUGUUGUCAGACAGACAAAGCGGAGAGGCAAAUAAUUCGCCUCUGAUUAGAAAUCCUUGGGAAAGGGGUCGGACGGGGCACUGUUAAAAAAUUGCUUCAUUGUUCCGGCUGCAGUGAACGGCACGGCGGCUCUUUGCUUCAGAUACACAGUUAAAUGAAUAAGCGGAGGAUUUGAAGCGAGCAGCAGGAUGUCUGAGUUAAGCGAGGAGCCGCGCUUCACUAUUGAGCAGAUAGAUCUGCUGCAGCGGCUGCGUCGCACCGGCAUGACCAAGCAGGAGAUUUUGCACGCACUUGACACUCUGGACCGGCUGGACCGGGAGCACGGCGACAAGUUCGGCCGCCGCACCUCUUCCUCCUCCUCCUCCUCUUCCUCAUACGGAGUAGGUGGGGCAAACAGCUGCACCAACAACUCUGCCUCUAAUAAUGCUAACGCAUCAUUCAACAAUAACAACACUGCCUCGGCAACCACCACCUCUUCUGUGUCAUGCAACGGCAACAACGGCGCCAUCAACAGCGGCGAAGGCAGCACCGGCAAUCACUCAGGUGCCGCCGCCGCCGCCUCCGCCGCCGCCGCCUCUUCCACGACCUCCAAAAUGUCCACAGCCACGCAGACACAGUUCGGCAGCGGCGGGGGGCUCUCGCCGUCUCCUAGCAAUAGCUACGACACCUCACCGCCUCCGGGGCCGCCGCCGCCAUCUGCGAUCCUGCCAUCACCCGUGUCGCUGGUGGCGCUGUCGCAGAACGGUCGCGACAGCCUAGCUGCUACCCCCAACGGAAAGCUGUCUCCUCCACGAUAUCCGGUGAACAGUGCGGCGGCAGCACGGGCGUUCGGGUUUGAGGCAACAGAAGAAGACCUGGACAUUGACGAUAAGGUGGAGGAGCUAAUGAGGAGAGACAGCAGUCUGGUGAAAGAAGAGAUCAAAGCUUUUCUGGGGAACAGGAGGAUUUCUCAGGCAGUGGUGGCACAAGUUACCGGUAUCAGCCAGAGCAGGAUCUCCCAUUGGCUGCUGCAGCACGGCUCAGACCUGAGUGAGCAGAAGAAGAGAGCCUUCUACCGCUGGUACACGUUGGAGAAAACCACACCAGGUGCCACCCUGAACAUGCGGCCAGCUCCGCUGCCUCUGGAGGAGAUGGAGUGGAGGCAAACCCCGCCGCCCCUCACCACCGCCCCCGGGACCUUCCGGUUGCGUCGAGGAAGCCGCUUCACUUGGAGGAAAGAGUGCCUGGCUGUGAUGGAGAGCUACUUCAACGACAACCAGUACCCAGAUGAGGCCAAAAGGGAGGAGAUCGCAAACGCCUGCAAUGCUGUUAUCCAGAAACCAGGGAAGAAGCUUUCUGAUCUGGAGAGGGUCACCUCCCUGAAAGUUUACAACUGGUUCGCCAAUCGCCGCAAAGAGAUCAAGAGACGGGCCAACAUUGAAGCCACAAUCCUGGAGAGUCACGGGAUAGACGUCCAGAGUCCAGGGGGACACUCCAACAGUGACGACAUUGAUGGGAACGACUUCACGGAGCAGGACGACAGUGCAGCGCACAGCGAGCACCAGGACCCCAUCUCUCUGGCUGUGGAGAUGGCUGCCGUCAACCACACCAUCCUGGCCCUGUCCAGAACCGGCGGGGUCCCCAAUGACAUCAAGACCGAGUCCCUGGAGGACGAAUGAACUGCACAGGAACUGGGAUGGAGGAAGGGUUUGAUAAAUGGAGUCGACAGGGGAAAGGGAAGGAGGAGUGUAAAAAAGAAAUGGGAAACGAGGAGGGGGCGCUUUAAAAAAAUAAAAAAAUAAAUAAAUAAAGAGACCAACAUAAUGUUACUUAGUAAACCUUCUCAAAUCUGUCCCUCAGCCCUUUACCAACUGCUCCUCGUCUCUUCGCCCCCUCCUCUCCUCUCUUCCCAGAUAGCCCAUGUAAACAGUAAUUACCCCCCACCCCCUCCCUCUCCCACUCAAUAUAUUGACACAGCUGGCGGAAAUGGGUCACUAUAGACCCCGUGAUCUCCUCUGUGAAAACGAUCCACUGAAAGAAGAAAAGGGGGCAAUUCAGGCCUUUAACUCCCUCCCUCCCCUGAAAACUGGUGGCUCUUGUCUGGGAUUGUGUUUCCCAGGAACUCCUCUCUCCUUCCCUUAAUACACUUUCUCCUCACAGGAUACCUCUUCUCUGUCCUCUUCCCGGUUCCCCCUCCCCUUCCCUCUCCAGCCUGGUCGUCUGAGCCGAUCCUCAGUCUAUCUCACCUCAACGUCAACCUCAGAAGAAUAACGUGUACUGUAUAUAUAAUAUAUAUAUAUAUGGUUCUUAUGGUUCUCAGUCACACUCACCUCAUGGUGCGUUACCUACCUACCUACCCCUCAAACUCACCUCUUCAUUGUGCAAUUCAUCGGAGGAGCAGCCUCUUAGCCAUUGUCUUGGGAUGAACGGAUGGAGAGAGCUUCCUCGUCUCCCUCUCCGGCCGCGAGGCAGUCAGCAGGAAUAAUAUCAGCAGACAGAACUGUCCAGUCACUGUCUUUUACUCUCUAUAGUUACCAUUCCUCACUGAAGGCCUUUUUGUUUUUCCUUCACUAGAGCUGCUAUUUGGACUGAAAACCUUAACACCUUCCAGUAUUUCUCCUGAAAAGAAGUAGCCUUAAUUUCAUACACACAGCCGCUCCUUUCCUUUUUACAGUAGACUUUAUUUUUUUCUGACAACAAGGAUCUGAAACAUCACUCAGUGCACAAGAAUCUCAGCACACGUAAAAUAAAAACUAUUCCUAAGGUUUCGGUCCAAUAGCAGCACCAUCUCUUCCUCUGUUGUUCUGGCCAAAAGGCGACUGGACAUACAAUCAUUCUGCCUUAGUAUCCAGCUUCCCGGUGACACUAUUGUUAAGUAUUUGAGGCUAUGAGGAUCAAUUUAGGGUCAAUGUGAUAAUCAAGCAAACUUUCUAAGCUAUCUAAUAAGGGGAAUCAUGCUUUGUUUUAAAUGUCAUUAAUGCCAAAGGAAAAAAUGCUAGGACUCUAAGCUAAGACUGAUCUGAAAACGGUGUUAAUCCAAAGCGAUUUCUACUAACUCCUUUGGCGUACAUAGGUUUUUUUUUUUCUUCUCAUGUUGAGUGAAGCCUCUCGAGCCAGUGCAGGCUUGACACUACAGCAGGCCUGUGUCAGUAAAGAUAGGUAUUAGCAGCCAGACAUAUAAUGCUAAAAUAUCCCUAAGCUAUUUACUACUUCUGUGACGCUGCCUCUUUAUAUUAGCAUUAAGUAAUGUGCUUUUUUUUUUUUUUUUUUUAAUAUCCAAGAUAUCGAAUUAGACUAAAUCCACACUGGAAAUGGUUAUCAGAAGAACUUUGGAGGCAUUUUUUAAUUCUAUCUAUAUAGCCUCAAAGGUGAAAAUCAUUAUCUUGAAGGGAAUCUGAAUCAAACACACUUAAAGUGGUGAUACUAGAAAUGUUUUUUGUUUAUUUGUGGCCCUGAGGGGACCUUUUCCAAAACCAUCUCUGACCGAAAAUCAUUCUCAUUAGCUGGGCCUGUUUAUCAAGUGUGAGCAUUUAGCUUAAAAUGAGAAGAUUGCUACUGCUGUAAUGUCCUAAUGCUAAAAUGAAGCUAGAGCUAGCAUAGCUUAGCUUAGCCACACAACAUUUACUUUUACCCUCGUCCUAACCCACGAUAAAAUCUUAAACUUUAUGGGUGCUUAUGCAGUGAAACAUUCAUCAACUACCUGUGUUGUUGUUGUACUAAAACAUAAGUAAAAGAUGUUUAGGGUGAUCUUUUGAGGUGCUAGCUUGUUGUCACCUACAAGCCACUGAGGUUUAGCAAGCUAAUGAUUGGUAAAUAACUUUUCAGAAUUGGAAUAUCUUCAUUAGAAAUUUACCAAAAAAAAAAAAACUUGUGUAAAAUCUCCGCUUUAUUUUUCAUCACCAUUUAGUCAUUAAUGCUAAGCUAAAAACCAGCACUAGCUUCACAUCCCACUUAGAGCACAAAACACCUUGAUACAAUUUUUUACAGUUCACUUUUUGUAUGGAUUAAACAUACAAACUGAGUUGUGUUAUGGCUAGGUGUUUUUGUUUUCACCCCUGGACAAAACCAGACUAGCUAUGCUUAGCUUUAAAGCUAGUUUUAAGCUAAGCUAAUCGGAUUUCACAUUUAGCGCUUUUUUUUUUCUUUUUUUUUUUAAUUAGGCACCAUUGCUACUGUUGCUUAUACAUGGCAGGCCAGUGUAUUUAGUGUAGAGUCAUGACAGUGGUAUUGAUCUUCUCAUCAAAUUAUUAGCAAGAAAAAUGAAUAUACGAAUUUCCCAAAUGAGCUUUUGCGUUAGAGAUGGUUUUGGGGAACUGGGAAAAUAUUCUACAACGCAGGAUUAAACCAAACACUCACCCAGAAGUCUCAUGUAAUGUGGACAUUGGUGACAAACAACACUGAAAGUGUUUCCCAUCGAUUUUAGAGCCGUGUAAUAAACUGUCGCCUCCUGCUUGUAAAGUAACUCCCAGUCCUGGGCUCAAGUCGAAUAAAGCUCUAUUUAAUUCUUCCGCUUCUGUACGUACGAAGCUGCGAAAUAGUGACUCAGAACUGGGACCUGUGUUUAGAAAAGAAAGGGUUGAAAGAUAAAAACAAUAUGUAUUUAUACUCUUUUUUUAUGGUAAUGUACAAAAAAAAAAACAAGAAUGACAGAUGUUUUGAAAUGAAACAUGCUUUAUUGUUAAAAGAAUCAUGCCUUUUAAUUUCUGACUUAUUUUUCUAUUAUCAUUUUUCUAUUAUCAUUUUAACUGUUAUUUUUUUGUGUGUGUGUACGUGUCAUCCCUUAUUUGCCUGAACAGCAGUCUCCCCUCUAUUUGUACCUGAGUAAGCUAUUUUAUGAAAAAAUUAACGAUGAUGCACCUUAUGAAAAUUUGAGUAUGGCCAAGCUUGAAAUGUAACCUCCUCCCCCGGAGCGGCAAACGUCCAGUAUACUGCUAAGGGUUUGUGUGCUUCACGUUAAAUCAGAACCCCAGUAUUUGCCAGCGUCUCCGUAAAAUCACGCCACGCCAAACUCCCUAGUGAAAAAUAGCAACUUUAAGUGAAAGACCGAUGAAAGGAUUAUUGAUUCGUUUUAGGUUUGAAUGGAAAAUUUAGUGCCAGACAAGUGAAGCUGGUGGAAACACAGUAGGUGUGUUUGGAUUAAGUGAUUUUGUAAAAUUUCUUUCAUAUCUGGAAGCGUGAGUCAGAAAUGGAACCAAGGGGCUGAUGUGUUUAGAAACUCAAAGCUCUGACCAGAGGCUUUAGCUUUAAAAUGAAGUGGAAUAUUCCUUUAGGACUCUUAAAAUAAGACGAGCACAUAGUAACCUUUGAACCGAUUCACUAUGUUGAUAAAGCACUAUUAGAGUUGAACAGGCCUCUUUGCUUGUAUUUUAUGUCUUAUUUUCUAUGGAGUUUGGUGUGAUGUCCCCAUACAAAGAUGAUAUGUUAGAACUAGUAAAAUCAGCCUGCAAAGAGUGCAUUUAGAGAUUAUCCUCUCACUGUAAGACACUUUUAAAUGAACUGCCUUCCACUCAGAGAUGCCAUGGCCCAAUUAGCAAGUACAAGUUUUAAUCGUGCAGUAUUUCAUGUGAGCGUUUCGGCUCGACAGAAACGUUUUUGGGUUGUGAAGAAAGAACCCUCAGGUGCUCACCGAGUAGAAGUCCCGUGUGCUUUCCAGGAGAGACCUGAAAACAAAGCUUUCCCCGCCCGGUGUUGUGUGUUCUCCAGUGGUAGAGCUUAUUACUCUGAAGGGAUGUCCCCUCGUGGUGUGUCAGGGUCAACACGUCUACAUGUCCUUCUGUGCCCCCCCCCCUCCACCACCAGUGAAAACGCCAUCUACUUCAUCCCAAUAUAGCUCAGAAAAAGAGGACUGAAUGCUGUUGUAUCAAUCUCAAAUCUAGUUAUGUUCAAAAUUACUGUAUUGCCCAUUUCAGAAUUUAGUGCCUUUUUUGGACAGUAGACUGUUCUGUAAUUAAGAUGUAGUAUAUAUACAUUUUUUUGUACAGUUUCUUUGUUCAUUUUUUUAACUUGUGUUUAUUUUAGUAUGAUAUAUAUAAUGUACAAGAGAAUAAAGCUAUAUCAAUGACA